UGGAAAAUAGUCUCGUCGUCGUCUGCCAAAAAGAAGGAAAAAAAGAGGUUCUCUCCGCCUCGUAACUCCGGCAGCUGGGCCGCACGGACCCUCCAACGAGGCAACAACUAGGAGGAGAGUCCCCCCCUUCCAUUCUCCCUCCUCUCUUGUCUCCUGCUACUUCUCCUCGGCCUCCACCGAUCGUCCUCGUCGGUCGCCACCGCCGCCAGCAUCUUCAGCUCCGCCAUCCCCGGGAUCUCCGCAUAAGGCAGGCUUAGUGGAGAAGCUUCAUGGUAGCGCCCAUGGACAAGAGGAAGGGGAUUCUGGAGCUGCGAGACCGCCUGGACAAGACGCUGGCAUCGCCUGAUCUCACCGACGAGGGUUCUUUGCAAUCUCUCGUGAAGAAGCAGAUUCUGCAGUCGUCUCUGCCUGGCUCUGAUGAUGGCACUAUCGAUGUUAUUGCUGAAGCACGAACCAAAGAAGUCUCAAAUUUUCUCGAAAUGCUCAAUACUUCAGUAAAUGAACUGCCUUUAAAGAUCGAUGGGGCACAACACAAGGAGUGGAAGGUAAAGCAGGAUACAGACCAAUUACGGGUGAUGUAUCGUGAGGGCCCAGAUGGGACACCAUUUCACACCCUUCUCGCUGAAGGAUUUGCUGAUGGACCAAUCGAUGUUUGUACAUGCGUGUCAUGGGAAUCGGCUCUAUACAGAAAAUGGUUUCCACAAUACAAUCUGCCAACUUUUAAAAUUGCUCAGUCAGGUUGCUUGAAAAAGAUUCGAGUUGGUGAAGAAAUUUCUUUGAUCAGGGUGAAGGUUCCAUGGCCGGUUUCAGAGAGAGAAGCUCUUCUACACUACUUUGUAUUUGAGUACCUUAAAGAAGAUCUUGUCAUCGUAAUCAUGAAAACUAUAUCUGAUUUGGAGAAUAUAAAUCUGGAAACACAUGGAUUCACUAGGGAUGGAAUUCCUGAAGCCGGUGACACGAUUCGGAUGGAUGUAGUUGGAGGCUUUGUGUUGCAGAGGAUUACCAAGGAAAAAAGCUUUUUCAGGGCAGUAGCUAAUAUGGACAUUAAGCUUGACUUUGUUCCACCCUGGUUGAUCAAUUUUAUAUCAAGGCAGCUGAUUGGCAGUGGGCAUAAGCUGUAUCAAAAGGCAGUCAGUACUGUGGCCACUUGUGAUGAGGACUACAAGAAAGCUUUACGAGCACCACUGUAUGCAAGAAUACGUGAGUACCAGUGUCCUGCUGACAAGGUGAAGGUGGCUCCCAUUGAGAAAAAUACUAAUGAAGUGCACCCUGAGAAUCAUACUGUACAUAAUCCUCUGGCGAUUACUAAUCUCGCACCAAGCAGUGAGAUUGUUGAAGAGGAGAGUGAACAGAACACAUCCCUCACGACCAUCUUUUCUAACCAGCCAGCUGAGCACGAGCAUCAAGUUGAAGAUAAACCUUUUAUUAGUCCUGAGGUAGAGCAGGCUUUGGGCAUACUAGACAAUGCUAUCGCGAUUCUCCAAAGCAACAAAACUGGAAACAUUGGCGCGCUCCAAAAGUUCCUUGGUUAUGCUGCAUCUUCAGAAGGCAGUGCCGCUGGUUUGAGAAUUUCUAAAACUGACAAUCUCCCAAACGGGUAUCUUGUUACCACACCACCUCAAGAUUCAAGAGAGACCCGGCAUGCUUAUUCCUUGCCCAAGGAGGAAGCUGCUUUCGACAAUGAUUCUCCUAAAAACACAACCGCCUCCGCCGUAGCAAACACGAAAUCCAUGACAUUGAGGAGCACAAUAAAGGUGCAUGAAGAAGAGAGCCUAAAUACCAAUCGCCUCCGUCAGAACGGUUUCCACAUUGAGAAAGGGCCUAAGAGAGGAAGGAAGGCCAAGAGGUGGCUUUGCUGCUUAACCCCUAGCACCAUAUGAUGAUGAGAGACCAUCUUAGGGAGCUCUCGUAGUUAACCCUGAUUUUUGGAUACACAUCAGAAAAAAGACGAGCUAUACAAAAAUAGUGGUUCGUCGAAAAAAUGUGGAUCAAAUGGCAAGUCCAGAGGCAGCUUGGAAUAGUUAGAGAGAGUAGAUCAUGCCUUUUGAUAAAUGUAUAGUAAUUGUAUUGUUGUAACAAUAUGUAAAACGUUGUCUUCUAUGAGUGACAUAAAUUUACAUAUUUGAUCAGUUUGGUGGUGUUUGCUAUCAA